UCAGCACUUGGAGUUCACUCUUGCAGUGCAGGGCAGUGCCAGUGGAAAUGCAGUCUACAGAGAGGACUCAUUCCUCUUUGGUUGUUUCAUGCUAAAGCUGAAAAAAGUUCUCACUUCUAGGGACCCACUGUUGAUUUCUAUGUUGUGUGUGUGUGUAGUACUCUCAGGCCCUUUACUUGUAUAUGACUGAUCUACUGUAACCUUCCUUAGGACGGGUAUGAGCCAAUGUGAACUAGUGACAACUACUGCUGUAACCUGCUGUUACUUGAAAUGCAUGUGAUUUGUUGGGAGCACAGGAGUAGGAGGAUGAGGGGUUUGGUGUGGAGAACUAGGUAAUUGGGUGACAGCUGGCCCUUAAAGGACUUUGGGAUGAUGACCUUGGCCUGGUCUCCCACUAUGCCAAGAUAAAGUGAAUGUGAUGGCAGCACUUGCCUCCUAGAAAAAAGGCUUGUUGAAGAGCUGCCCCCUGGUACCUGCUCCCUCCUUUCCUAUUUUUUCAUUGGGUUGAUUGCAUACGCCCCUUUUUGAAGUUGGGAGUAAUGUGCAUGCAUCCCUCUAGGGCACAUCUGGAAGAAUUGGGAAGUAGGUGUGGUUAGAGUCCCCAGAGUCAGAGACAUGAGAGGCCAGAGUAGAACCAGAAGUGCUCUGGGAGCCAGACUUUUCAGCCGUUACCGUGGGCCCCAGAAGAACAUGGCCUGCUUGAUGCCCUUGUCUCAGCCAGAAGUGGGGAUAAGUGGAACCUUUCUUCCCAAGCUGCCACUGGGCCCGAGAGAUGGCUUCUCUCCUGGGCGCCACCUCCCCUGGCAGGGGCCGAGGACACUGCUGCUGCACAAAAGUCUCCAGGAUGGCUUUGGUUUCACCCUGCGACAUUUCAUCGUGUACCCACCUGAGUCGGCAGUGCACUGCAGUCUGAAGGAGGAAGAAAAUGGAAGCAAAGGCAGAAGCCCAGGAGGAGGACCCUCCCCCCGGCACCGCCUGGAACCCAUGGAUACCAUCUUUGUCAAGAAUGUGAAGGGUGGUGGCCCUGCCCACAGGGCAGGGCUUCGCACAGGAGACCGGCUGGUGAAAGUGAAUGGGGAGAGUGUCAUUGGGAAGACCUACUCCCAAGUCAUAGCUCUGAUCCAGAAUAGUGAGGAUACCCUAGAACUUUCCAUCAUGCCCAAGGAUGAGGACAUCCUCCAACUGGCCUACUCCCAGGAUGCCUACUUGAAGGGAAACGAGCCGUAUUCUGGAGAGGCGCGCAGCAUCCCAGAGCCUCCCCCACUCUGCUACCCCCGAAAGACCUACGCCUUGCCAGCCCGGGUAUCUGCCUGGGCCACUAUGGUGCCUGAGUCCAUCUCAGCACUGCCCAGUGACCCGCGGAGUCCUGCUGCCUGGAGUGACCCAGGGUCCCGUAUCCCGCCUACCACUCGUACUCAUCUGGAUAACUCUUCCUUGGGGAUGAACCAGCCCCGCCCCAGUCCUGGUGCCUUUCCCCACCUCCCCUCGGAGCCCCGGAUGCCCCAUGCCUUCCCAGAGCCUGGCAGCCGUGUGCUCCCCAGCAAACUGGAGUGCCAGCAAGCAUUGUCACACUGGCUGUCGAACCAGGUACCCCGCAGGGUGGGGGAGAGACGGUGCCCAGCCAUGCCACCUCGGGCCCGCAGCGCCUCUCAAGACCGGUUGGAAGAUGUGACUGUCCACCGCCCAUGGCCCUGUUCCACCUCCCAGGAUGCCUUGAGCCAGCUGGGACAGGAGAGUUGGCACCGAGCUCGCUCAGACGAUUACCUGAGUAGGGCCACUCGCUCUGCUGAAGCACUAGGACCAGGAGCACUGGUGUCACCUCGCCUCGAGCGUUGUGGGUGGGCUUCCCAGCGUCCAUCUGCACGUACCUCUGCCUGCCCAUCUCGGGACCUGUCGGGGCCUCAGGCCCCACCCCCACUUGGCCUGCAGGGCCUGGAUGACAUCGGCUACAUCGGGUACCGGAGCUACAGCCCAUCAUUCCAACGCCGGACUGGCCUUCUGCAUGCACUCUCCUUCCGGGACUCACCCUUUGGGGGGCUCCCCACCUUCAACUUGGCCCAGUCUCCUGCAUCAUUCCCACCAGAGGCCUCUGAAGCACCCAGGGUUGUCCGGCCAGAAGCCAGCACUCGGGCCUUGGAGCCUCCUGCUGAGGAUUGCCGAGAUGAGGUAGUCCUGAGGCAGAAGCCUCCAACGGGCCGCAAGGUCCAGCUGACUCCUGCACGACAGAUGAAUCUUGGAUUUAGUGAUGAGUCCCCAGAGCCAGAGGCCAGUGGGCGAGGGGAACGCCUGGGCAGGAAGGUAGCUCCUUUGGCCACUACCGAAGACUCUCUGGCUUCUAUUCCCUUCAUUGAUGAGCCCACCAGCCCCAGCAUUGACCUCCAGGCCAAGCACGUCCCCGCCUCCGCGGUUGUCUCCAGUGCCAUGAACUCAGCCCCUGUCCUGGGCACCAGCCCCUCCUCACCAACCUUCACCUUCGCCCUUGGUCGCCAUUACUCACAGGACUGCAGCAGCAUCAAGGCUGGCCGCCGCUCCUCCUACCUGCUGGCCAUCACCACGGAGCGCUCGAAGUCCUGUGACGACGGGCUCAACACCUUCCGGGAUGAGGGCCGGGUGCUGCGGCGUCUGCCAAACCGCGUACCCAGCCUGCGGAUGCUCCGAAGUUUCUUCACGGAUGGGUCUCUGGACAGCUGGGGUACCUCCGAAGAUGCUGAUGCUCCCUCUAAGCGACAUUCAACUUCUGACCUCUCAGAUGCUACCUUCAGUGAUAUCAGGAGAGAAGGCUGGUUGUAUUAUAAGCAGAUCCUCACCAAGAAGGGGAAGAAAGCGGGCAGCGGCCUGCGCCAGUGGAAGCGGGUGUACGCCGCGCUGCGGGCGCGCUCGCUCUCCCUGAGCAAGGAGCGGCGGGAGCCCGGGCCGGCGGCGGCGGGGGCUGCGGCGGCCGGCGCAGGUGAGGACGAGGCGGCGCCCGUCUGCAUCGGCUCCUGCCUGGUGGACAUCUCCUACAGCGAGACCAAGAGGAGGCACGUGUUCCGGCUGACCACCGCUGACUUCUGUGAAUAUCUCUUUCAGGCUGAGGACCGGGAUGACAUGCUGGGCUGGAUCAGAGCGAUCCGGGAGAACAGCAGGGCCGAGGGCGAGGACCCCGGCUGUGCCAACCAAGCUCUGAUCAGCAAGAAGCUUAAUGAUUACCGCAAAGUGAGCCAUAGCUCUGGGCCCAAAGCUGAUUCCUCCCCAAAAGGCUCUCGGGGCCUGGGAGGCCUCAAGUCUGAGUUCCUCAAGCAGAGUGCAGCCCGUGGUCUCAGGACUCAAGACCCACCAGCAGGGAGCAAGGAUGACAAUGCUGUUGCCCCCAGAACCCCCUGGGGCAUCAAUAUCAUCAAGAAAAACAAAAAGGUCCCCCCCAGGGCAUUUGGGGUCCGACUGGAGGAGUGUCAGCCCGCCAUAGAGAACCAGCGUGUCCCCCUGAUCGUGGCUGCCUGCUGUCGCAUCGUAGAGGCACGGGGGCUGGAGUGCACCGGCAUUUACCGGGUGCCCGGCAACAAUGCAGUGGUGUCCAGCCUGCAGGAGCAGCUCAACCGCGGGCCCGGUGACAUCAACCUGCAGGAUGAGCGCUGGCAAGACCUCAAUGUAAUCAGCAGCCUGCUCAAGUCCUUCUUCCGAAAACUGCCUGAGCCCCUCUUCACUGAUGACAAAUACAAUGACUUCAUUGAGGCCAAUCGCAUUGAAGACUCCAGGGAGCGGAUGAAGACGCUGCGGAAGCUGAUCCGGGAUCUCCCAGGACACUACUAUGAAACGCUCAAAUUCCUUGUGGGUCAUCUCAAGACCAUUGCUGACCACUCAGAGAAGAACAAGAUGGAGCCCCGGAACCUGGCCCUUGUCUUCGGGCCAACACUGGUGAGAACAUCUGAGGACAACAUGACAGACAUGGUGACCCACAUGCCUGACCGCUACAAAAUUGUGGAGACACUGAUCCAGCACUCAGACUGGUUCUUCAGCGAUGAUGAAGACAAGGGAGAGAGAACCCCUGUGGAUGACAAGGAGCCUCAAUCGGUGCCCAACAUUGAGUACCUCCUGCCCAACAUAGGCAGGACAGUGCCCUCUGGUGACCCAGGCUCAGAUUCUACCACCUGUAGUUCAGCCAAGUCCAAGGGCUCGUGGGCGCCCAAGAAGGAGCCGUACACCCGGGAGAUGCUGGCGAUCUCCUUUAUCUCGGCCGUCAACCGCAAGCGAAAGAAGCGGCGGGAGGCGCGGGGGCUGGGCAGCAGCACCGACGACGAUUCGGAGCAGGAGGCGCUCAAACCCGCGCCGGGGGCGUCGGGGGCCCAGGAGCGGCCCGAGGGGCAGCUGCCGGCCACCGCCGUCCCCGUCCCCGCCCCCGCCGCCCCCGGGCGCCUCAGUCCCCCCGCGGCGCCCGAGGAGAGGCCGGCGGCGGACACGCGCUCCAUCGUCUCGGGCUACUCCACCCUGUCCACCAUGGACCGCAGCGUGUGCUCGGGCGCCGGGGGCCGGCGGGCGGGCGCGGGGGACGAGGCGGACGACGAGCGCAGCGAGCUGAGCCACGUGGAGACGGACACGGAAGGCGGCGCGGGCCCGGGGGGACGCCUGGCGCGCCGGCCCUCCUUCAGCUCGCACCACCUCAUCCCCUGCGACACCCUGGCGCGGCGUCGCCUGUCCCGGAGCCGCCCGGAUGGCGAGGGCGCUGGUGCAGGCCGGGGGACACCCCGCGCCCCAGACCCGCCCGGCUCCGCCUCGUCCAGCAGCCAGGAGUCGCUGCGGCCCCCGGCUGUGGCGGCGCUGAGCGUGCGGCCCUCGCGCAUGGAGGCCCUGCGGCUGCGCCUCCGCGGCACUGCCGACGACAUGCUGGCCGUGCGGCUGCGGCGGCCGCUGUCGCCCGAGACGCGGCGACGCCGGAGCAGCUGGCGCCGCCACACCGUGGUGGUGCAGAGCCCGCUGACAGACCUCAACUUCAACGAGUGGAAGGAGCUGGGCGGAGGGGGUCCUCCAGAGCCCGCGGGCGCGCUCGCCCACAGUGACAACAAGGACUCCGGCCUCAGCAGCCUGGAGUCCACCAAGGCGCGGGCCUCGUCGUCCGCCACCUCGCUGCCGCCAGGGGACCCGGGGACUCCGCGCCGCUCGGCCGCCUCCCGCCUCCAUCAUUGUCUGUGACACCAUCCCAGAACCCCUUUGGCUGGCACCCCGUCUUCGGCUGCCCCUGACGCAGUGGGGGUGGCAGGGGGACUUAGGCUUCUGGGGUCCGAGGGAUCCCUGGGGUUUGUGUGCUGGGACGGGGAAGGGGGGCGGCAGAGGGAAAGCCGGAGCAGGACAGGGGUGACGGCAAGGGGGAUCCCGAGGUAGUGAGAGGGGAGGAGCUGCCGGUGUCUGUGUCCCCUGGGUAUGUGACUGGGCCUUUUUAUGGCUGCACUUAGGUACCCUUCUUGGCCACGGGAGGCGGGAGCUCCAAGUUCCAGGCUAAGCGAAAGAUACUGACUGCGUGACUCCGGCUUCUUUCCCCUGCCCUCCCCCCCCUUAGCUCCUGGCUAAGGAGGGGAGUUCGGAUGGGGGAGGGGUGGGGGAGGAGGCGUGUGUGU